AUGUUUUUCUUCAAGGUGGUCCCCAAACCCAUUUCAAAUUCGGCCUUAACAGUCUUUGUUCUUGUAUUCCUUUGUCAAAUAUUCGCUUAUUUUAUUGUUCCUUUAAUAAGAGGUCGGAAUGAUAUUGUUUUCUAUGGUUAUUACGAAAGGAGAUUCGAAACCGCCAAGACUUUAUUUGAGUAAGAUCUAUUCGACUGACCGUUUACCCUUAAUUUAGACAGAAUUUUAAAGAUGGAUAUGAGAAAGGAGGUGCUGCAAUGGCUGUCUUCCAUAAUGGUAUCAAUGUAGUGAAUAUUUGGGGAGGGCAUGCUGACUUCAAGAAGAAAAAGUUAUGGACUCAGAAUACCAGAACAUUGCUCUUCUCAGCAUCCAAACCUUUAUCUGCUUUAUGUUUGGCCAUUUUGGUGGACAAAGGACUUCUCAAAUGGACUGAUAGAAUCAUUGAAUAUUGGCCUGAAUACGGACAGAACGGGAAGGAAAACACCACCAUCCAGCAUGUCCUUACUCAUCAAGCUGGUCUCCCAUAUCUCGAGAAUCAAAUCGAACUAGAAGAUGUGAUAUCUCGGACUAAAAUAUUCAAACUGAUCGAAGAAGCAACUCCUAUAUGGAUUCCAGGAACGGCCUCAGGGUAUCAUGCCCUCACUUUCGGAUGGCUGGUUGAGGGGAUUGUUCAAAGGGUAGAUCCUCUUCAUAGAGAUCUCGCUACGUUUUUCGACGAUCAGAUUUCCAGCAAAUUUGGUUUGGAUGUGUCGAUUGGUCUUCGAAAAGACGCCGAUUUCGAGAGGAGCGCUGUAUUACAGCAAGCUGACAUUAUUGACUACAUCAGAGAUACGAUUGUGGAUCCAAGAAUGUUGGUAAUGAUGGCUGGAUAUUACAGUCAAGGAUCUGAAUCAGUUUUGGGAAAAGUGGAAAAGAAUCAGAAUUGGCUGAACAUGGAAGAGCUGACCAUGAAUCGGAUCGAGAUCCAACGACUGGGAUUAGGGGCGUCGAACGGCCUUGGAACAGCCAGAGAUGUCGCCGAGCUGUUCUCCCUAUUCCUGAACGGCUCAUUGAUCAGCCCCCAGCUGGUGGAACAGAUGACUCGGCCAACUUUGGAUGACUGGCAUUGGGAAAAGACCAUCCUAUAUCCCAUCAUGAAGGGAUAUGGCUUCUUUUAUGACUAUCAUCCCCAAGAAAAUGUAAGCAAAAAACAACUCAGGUCAUUCAAAACGCAUGACUCGGUUCUUUCAAAAUAAUUUCUGUCAAUAUCAAAAAGCAUGCUUUUUUAGGGAAAAUACAUCUUCGGCCAUCCCGGUUACGGCUGUCAAUCCAUCCACAUAGAUCCUCAUCACAACUUAAUCGUUGUUUAUCUCUCCAAUGGACUCAAGUCGACCACCAGUCAUCUCUGUCGCCCCUAUCAAAGGAUCUUGAGUUCCGUAUACACGUCCUUGUAA